CAUGAGAAUACAAAAAUUUGUUAUUGUAUUCGACCGUGCCAAUGCUGUCUACCGGCAGGGUGAUACAAUUACUGGCAAAGUGGUCCUUUCCUUGGAGAAAGCUUUGAAGCUGAAAGCUUUGAGAAUUCAAAUAGUCGGUGAAGCUUUAGUUAAAUGGGAGUAUGGAGUAAAGAAAACCCCAAAACAAAAUUCAAAUCACGUAUUUUCUUCACGAGAGGAAUACUUCAAUUAUAAGCAAACGCUGCAUGGAAGAGAAGAGGAUGACAAGAAGUCGAAGAAUGUUGAGCUGGGUCGGGGCCAGUACGAUUUCCCGUUCGCCUAUACGCUGCCUUCAGAUACAUCCCUCCCGACAUCCCUGGAGGGGCCUUACGGAUACGUCAGAUACUUUGCUCGAGCCGUAAUCGAACGGCCAUUCUCGAAGAAUUGUUUCUCAAUCAAACCUUUCACAGUUCUCGGAGUUCUUGACUUGAAUUUAGACGAAAGUUCUUUGGUGCCUGCAAACAGCUCCAAAGUACAGGGAUCUAAAUCAUGUUUCUGUUGCAAAACAGCUAACACAGUCGUCACAUUAGGUUUAAAUAGGACUGGCUACUGUCCAGGUGAGCUGAUUAAGGUAUCGGCAAACUGUGAGAACAACACUAGCAAGAAGAUACUGAGAUCAUCUGCGGAUCUCCUGCAGAUCGUUGACUACACUGGGUCUCAAAAACAGUUGAUUGGGACAAAAACGAAGACCAGGCGAACCCUGAAGACAAUCCAGAGUGUGCGGGGAGAGGGGUGUGCAAGUCACAGUACCCUCACAUGGGACAACACUCCCCUAGCUGUACCCGCUAUUCCUCCCAGUAAAUUGGAAGGGUGUGAACUAAUCAGUAUCAGAUACCUGCUCAGGUUCACUAUCUUCUUCAAGAAGAACAAGCGAGUGUGCGUGGAGACGCCUGUGCUGGUAGGCACUGAGCCCCUCAGACUAACUUACCCCUCCUACCACGAGGGAAUGCAGCCCCUCUCGCCCCCACCUAUUAGCAGAAGUGGCACGGGGUUGAGUGCUGAUUCCGAACCCUCUGCUCCAACUGCAGCCGAUUUGGAUCUCUACGACUGUCCUCCUCCUUCCUACGAGGCAUGUGUUUAUGGAGGAGCGACUCUGACAGAGGAUGAGUUCACCAUGGGACAGACCACUUUCGUCCCUAUGUAUCAGGUCUACAAUACACUGAGAAGUCAGACUAGGUCAACAGCUAUGAGCAACAGGACCUCAGCCAUUGAUCCCAUCCCCCAACCAGUAUCACCGGCGGCCACAGUCAGCACCACUGCUAUUUCCCGACAACAGAGUCAGAGUCACCCAGUCACUGAAGUGUCACUCAACUCCACAGCUGUGGACGUGUCCUAUUCUGAGAACAGAUUCAACCCCAAUGACGAAAGGUACAUCUACUCAACUCCAAACCCCCACGCUUUAAGAGGAGAAGAUUCGAAUUCAAAUGCGAACCCAAGUAGCACCCCCUCUUCGGCGGCUGUCUCUCCCAUAGGGGGCGACAGACCCCCCUUCAGAGCUAGCUCCUCUUCCUCUCACCACCAUUCACCCCAGCACGAGGCAGACGACACAGAAGCCAGUCAUAGUGUACAUGUGAAUGGAAGGAGAGGGUCAAGUGACGAUAACGACUCCUCGGGUCUCCCAGAGGACGGGAUGAUUCCGUUGUCUGAGGAACCUGACGUGCAAGAUGACGAAAGAGAGCAUCCUCCUCCCGCCCCUCUGCACAGUGGAAAGUACCAGAACGACUAUGUGGCAGUUGAGAAUGAAAUAUACAUGGCAUAUGGGCAGGACCAACACCACGAGAGCUCCAGCGAAGCGCCCAACACUCCCUCUGGCGGAGGGAGAGGGGGUAGAUUGAGUGAGAGUGGAAGGGGUAGUGUGUUUAAACAGUCGCCGGUAUCUCCCAACCCACCGGAACUGCUGCCGAGGAGCACCAGUCAGAGCAGCAGUGGAAGCAAGGUGAACGUCCCCAAUGUGAUUCACAAACAACAAAUAACCCAGGAGAAGAAAGUCCAUGCCGACAAUAACUUUUCAUCAACCACGACCACUACGACGACACACCACUACUACAGCUCCUCGGACUACCAGCAGAAGGUGAUGGGACCUACGGAAGACGGGGCUAUCAUGCUAGUAGAUGCAGAUGGAAGUUUGGGAAGUGACUUCAAUUCUGACGAUCAAGGCAUGUACUUGGACGAAGCGAGGGCUUAACGAAAUGUGGUUGGCUACCUAAAUAUCUAAUAUGAUUGGCUCUUUGAAGAUUCAAUAAAAUUUGCUUUCUGAAAAUGCAAUUUGAUUGGUAAUCGCAGAUUCAAUUUGAUGGGCUCAAAGUGGAAAUCUUGAUGAAUAGAUAUAUUUAUAUAUAAUUGAUAUCGUCUUCAGUGUAACUGACGGUUUCGUUAAUUCGGAAAAAGACGAUUCGCGGUUUCAAAAACUUUAGUGACAUUGUUAUCCUUAGAUCAAGAGCUGGGCGGCGUUCGUGUUUUAUAAUUGUUUAGUUUAGUUCUUAAUGAGGAAUAUUUAUGAUUUGUUCAUUUUCAAGAAUAUUUAUGCCUGUUUCAAACUGAACUUAAAGUUUUGUGGAAAUGAAAAAUUACCCAGAUCCUUAAUCUUGAAAUGCAAGUUAGGUACUCGUUAGGUGGUCAAUGGAAUAUUUGAAAUGUCUAUGAUUGAAUUUGUGCUUAAAGAUUCGUCACUGGCGGCACUGCGUACGAACAGAUAUAAAAACGCAUUUUUAAGGCAUACAUUUGCAUAGUUUCCUCGAAUGAUCUGCAGCUGCAAUAUUAUCGCAUGUUUCUCGCUAAAACAAAAAAAAAACGAUUUGAACAAUGAUCUUCCUUCGUUAAUUGAUAGGGUUAAUAAAUCUUUUACUUGCUGCAAUUCAAGUGUUUCGAUGCUCAUUCUUUCUGCGAGUACAUUACUGCUUUGGGUGAUAAACAAAAUUCAGAUUUAGUUGCUAUAAGUAGUCUGAUUGCUAUAUGGUUUGAUCAUUGCAUGUUGUUUUUUUCAUCUAAGGGGUGCCAAAAAGUUUUUUUCGACGCUCUUGAUUAAGCUUCUAUGAGAAACUACCUUUUGAUUGUGGCAAUUUUUUUUUAGCCUUUUGUAAAAAAAAAAGUUAAUCAUUUUUUUGCACCCUUAGGUUGAAAAUCGCUCGUUAGCUGCUUUAUUUAAAGCUUUCCAUGAACAGAAACGAGCAUUGAGUCAUUUCAGAAUUGAUGAAAUCCGUUUUUGAUUGGUUUUAAUCAUCAGAUAUUAAUCUUUACCAGCAAUAAAAUAAGUUUUUCCCCGAGAACCUACUGUGAUCAAAUUUGCAAGCUUUUUGCUCAGAUUUUUUGUACCUUGAUUGAAAAUUAGAUUAAUUUUAUGAAUUGAAUUUUAGCAUUAUCUACUCAUAGAUCAACCGACGCAACUAGUUGAUGUAAAACUUUCCUCAUAGCUUCCAUUGUCUGUCGUUUUAACAUAAAUCUAUAAUAAAUCUACGGAGCUUUCUAUUUGAUGUAAUUUUUGCACUGAUUAUUUCCAUUUUGAAUUAAUUUAACAUUGCUUGCUAUUUUAUAUCCAAAUUUGAAGAAAAUGUUGAUCAUGUUUAUGACAAAAACCAAAUUAAAAGUAUUUAGCGUUGA